AUGGGCCCCUGGCUGGCCUUGUCCUUGGCCUUGGAUCUGGUGACCUGCUUUUUGCACUCGCCGGAGAUCCCACGGAGCAACGCCACGAUCUUGGCCUUCGGUGACUCUUUGACGGCCGCUGGAGCCGGCAGCAUUCCUUACGGAGUCUUCUUGGCCGAGAUCCUGGGAGUUCGGGUGGAGGUCCUGGGCGUCUGGGGCGAGACGUCCGAGCAUCGGGGCCUGAGGAUGCGACAGCGUAUUGUGAGCUUUCACGGUGCGAGGGCCCCAAGUGACCUGCCUGACGUGGUUCUGCUGCUGGGUGGCACAAACGACCUCAGCCAGGCCAUGCACGAGCUUGCUGCCUCCUGGGGCGCUGUCGUCGGGGUGCUUGCUUUGCCGCGUUUCGUCAACCCCAAGGUGGGGUCGGCUAGAAAGCUCUUUGCGGUGAACCAUGCCCUGGCCGAGCUUGAGCAAAACUACCGCUUCCCUUCCUUCUUCGUGAACUUAUCCGAAGUCUCGUCCAGGCACCUGUACGACGGUCUGCACUUCACAUCGGAUGGGUACCUGAUCAUGGCAGAGAUGAUUGCCCAGAAAGUCGGGCAGAUGGCCGCCGAUCCGAGCUUGAGGCAUGAUGUGCUCAGCAUGUUUGGUUUUGGCGCAGCCAGCAAGGCUUCUGGCACCAUGUCCGCGCCCGACCAGCUUCAGGAAGAGGUAUGGCAGGAUCGUGAGAUCAAGUUUGAUCAAAUGCCGCAGCUGCUCAAGCUGCGCAAGGGUGAGUUUCAGAUUGAUUCAAUAAAUUCAGUGGAGGACACCAAGGGUAACAACGGCGAGAGGGGCAUCCUCAUUGUUACCAACCUGAGGUUAAUAUGGACCUCAGCAAAGUACGCGAGGACCAACUUGAGUAUUGGCUUUAACUGUGUGUCGAGUGUGAACAUUCGCACCGUGAACUCCAAGCUUCGGGGCAACAGCCAGGCUUUGUAUGUCAUGACGCGAUUCAAUUCCACUCGGUUCGAGUUCAUCUUCACAUCCCUCGUCAAGCACAGCCCACGCCUUUUCACCACGGUUCAGGCUGUCUUCAAAAGCUAUGAAACCACGAAGCUGUACAGAGACUUGAAGCUGCGUGGGGCCAUCAUCCGAGACAAAGAGCUCGUCAUGUUGCCAAAUGAGCAGGUCUACGAGAAGAUCAAUGGUAUCUGGAACUUGUCCUCGGAUCAAGGCAACCUCGGCACCUUCAUCAUCACGAGUGUGCGCACGGUCUGGUUUGCCGUUUUGGCAGAGAACUUCAAUGUGUCCAUCCCGUACCUGCAGAUGAAGAGCAUCAAUGUCCGGAACUCCAAGUUUGGACAAGCGCUGGUCAUAGAGACCACGGCCUCCAGUGGAGGUUACAUCUUGGGUUUCCGCGCAGACCCGGUGGAGCACCUGGAGGAGGUGUAUACCCAGAUUCACAACCUAUGGAAGAUCUUCAGUGUAACACCGAUCUUUGGAGUUGAGUUCUCCGUGGAGGAUAAGCAGUCGGAUGGAAAAGAGAAUUUCGUGCCCAGACAGGAGGACGACGUGCAAAUUAUGGAGGGUGAUGAUAUCGAGCCUUGCUUGCUUUACCAGCCCGACGGUGAAAAGGAGAUCGACCGAGAGCCCAUCUACAACAACGAGCUUGGCCUCGCAGUGGAGCGGCUCAAGGAAGGCUCAACCAUCCAGCAGCUCUGGCAGAUCGCGCGGCUCAAGCCCGGCGUGGCCGAUCCAAGUUUCACCAUCCUCCCAGAAAAGAGCAGCGGCUUGUUCAUCGUUGUGGCUGGUUGCCAGCUUCAUUUGCACUGGCGCUGGCACUGGCACCGUGGCCAACCAAGCCGCGGCCUGCAUCGUUACAAGGACCACUCCCAAGUCGAAAGCCGCAAGGUGCUGAGCAGGCAGGUCCUCUUCAGCAUGUACAGCCCGGACGGCCUUCGGUGA